AUGGCGCAGACACUGCCACCCCGAGCUGGUAAGGUGGACCUCUCCAAGAAACUUUCAGAGUUGCGGUCAGGCAACGCCCGAUCCCGGACCGCCUCAUCGCGUGAUUCAACUCCAACCACCCCUCCUUUGCCUUCGCCGCCAGACCUCUCCGCCCAACAAUACACCCGACCCGUCCGCCGCAUUCUUUCCCCAAAGGACCAUGACAUUUUCCUUUCUUCCCCCACCUAUAAGCUGGUCCUAGCGUUUGUGCUCGGUCUUUCUGAUUCUGUCAGAGGCCGCCCAAUCCCAGAACAGAGCAACCCAGAUUCCGAUGCCAUCUCCAAGAUCCUCCGUGUUGUUGGACAACUCCGAUCCCUUGUAGAGAAACAUCCUGCUUUGGACCAGGGUGGAUCGCGAUUUGGCAAUCCUGCAUUCCGCACCCUCUUCGACGAUGUCGCCACUCAGAGCCCAACAUGGCACGCCGAUAUCCUCGGGAUGGCAGACACUACCGCGAUCGACGAAGCAUCCACAUACCUGGUCCACUCUUUAGGCUCCCGAGAUCGGAUUGACUACGGAUCAGGUCAUGAACUGAAUUUCAUGAUGUGGCUGCUCAGCCUUUACCAGCUUGGCCUGCUACCCAAAACCGAUUUCCCCGCCGUGGUCUUCAAAGUCUACCUCGAGUAUGUGCAUCUCAUGCGGGAUAUUCAAUCUACAUACUACUUGGAACCGGCUGGGUCACAUGGUGUUUGGGGUCUUGAUGAUUACCACUUCCUGCCGUUCUUGUUCGGUGCUAGCCAGCUAGUGGAUCACCCUUAUAUCACACCAUUGGGCAUCCACAAUAACGCAUUACUGGAUGAGGAAGGGGACAAGUACCUGUAUCUGGAUCAGGUGCGGUGGGUGGAUAGUGUUAAGACGGUGAAGGGUUUACGCUGGCACAGUCCUAUGCUAGAUGAUAUUUCGGGUGCGAAGAAUUGGUUCAAGGUGGAGAGUGGUAUGAAGAAAAUGUUUGUCAAGGAGGUUCUGGGAAAGCUGCCCAUCAUGCAGCACUUCCUGUUUGGAAGCCUUCUCCCUGCUGCAGAAGGUAUGGGUGAGCUCUCUCAGGAUGGGGCCGAUGAACACGAUCAUGAUCAUGCUGGGCAUGACCACCCUCCUGGACAGGAGCAUUCAGACUGGUUCGGUGACUGUUGUGGUAUCAAGGUCCCUAGUACAAUCGCUGCAGGCGCGGAGAUGCGCAAGCGGAUGGGCGGGUCUGGGUUGCGCCCGAUUCCUUUUGAUUAA